AUGAGUUCGCAAUCUUACAAAACAGCAUCUUCGAGAGAUAUCAGUGUUUCAGCGCAAGCGAGCUACUCCGGCCUGGUCAGCGUCAGUGGAGGAUUUAGUUUGGACAAAAGUGAAAGACAGGCAGCUUCACAAUUUUCCAAAGAAGUUGAAACAACGACAAUAACUGUUGGGGCAGCUCCGCCAAGCAAUGGAGAAGCCGCAUACUGGGCAUCGACAGUUAAAGAAAACCCCGUUCCAACAUCUUAUAAAAUUGAACCAAUCUCCAAUUUAUUUACUAAUGUGUUUAUGGAAGGCACAGGUAUAAAUUAUAAUUUAUUAAGAAAGAAAUUAGUUGGGAUUGAGAAGUUGUAUUGUCAACAACUAUUACAGGCCGGAACUGUUAAUUCUUGUGAGGAAUCAGUGUCCGUUGGUAUCACAAUUAACGACUUUUACCUUCUGAAUUCUAUCUCGACGUUUGCGGCCGCUACGGAGACAUCUUGUAUUUCCAAAUGUUUUGAAAAUCGUCAUUGUUUAUCUAUAGCUUAUAUAUCAAACUCCAACGAGUGCCAUUUCUACGGUGACGCAAACAAAAAGCAUGAAAUCUCGAAAGAAGCGAAUGCCAAGGCAAAGAUUAUAAUAUUUCCUACAAAGAUUAACGAUCAGAAAACAGAUUUUGUUGUGGAACAUCUUCGUGUUUCAACCAAAGCCCGCCCAGCAAGUAACAAAACGGUUGAUGCGCAAUCAUGCAAGAAAGCUUGUCUACAAGAUACUUCUUGCGAUGUUUUUAAUUUCUGCAGCGACCAGACGUACUGCAAGGGCGAAGUGAACAAUUGUAAAUUGUAUUCAUCGAAAGCAUCG